AUGAAGCUUCAGUGCGAUGUCGAAGUGGUCAAUCGAAUGCUUCCCACGUAUGGGAUAAAAAACCGAGGAAAGGGAGUAAGGGCUGUGUUGUCUAUUGGGAGACUUGUUGACAAGACCACAGAAUGCAACAACAUUUAUCUAAUGAUCUGUACAGCAAAUGAUAGGGCAGGCUCAAAAUAUAAGGUGAGUAUCAAGCUAUUUGUUUAUCUACUUGACCAGUUGUCUAUUUUGUCUUGUGGAAUUGUUGUAUUACAUGUUUUUGUAGGUAUUCCCAAGUACACAGGAAGAAUCACCCAAUUUCUUGACCUUGUUGAUACUUUCCACAUUUGAUGGCUUGAUUGUAGAAUGAAUGAGUUGCAUUUGAUUUUAAGACAUUAUCUCAGAUAACUUGGAGGAAACCCUUGUUAAUUUGUGUUAAAGGUGUAGUUAACUAUUUUAUAACUCGAUGUUAGAUGGUUCCUCAACCUGAAUGUAGUCUAUGGGCCAGGAGAAUCUGUAAUCCAUGGUUAGGGUGCUAGGGGUCAAAAUGAAACUUUGGUGCUGGUGUUAUACUUUGUAUUCAAUGUAGAGCAGCUUCUCAGGAACACAGAACACUUUAUUUCACGAGGGUAGGGAUUACCAUUGCUGAGAUCUUAUUUUCAAGUGAUUGGAAAAAGUCAAAAAGGUCGAGGACAGGUCAAUGAUAACCCCUUGUCAAUAAGGCAACACUUUCCACCCCAUUAUCUUGACAGGAUGAUCAUAUUGUUAUGACAUUUUCAGGUAUGAAGAACAGAGAUUAUUCAAAUUAAAGUAUAAUGUAUACAGACUAGGGAUUUAAUAUGCAUUUUGGCAGUAAGGAAUACUUCAUUAGUCAUUUUUAAACCAAUAAUUAAAGGUAGGAUGGUCAUAUUAUUAAUACAUCUUCAUGCUUUAUGCAAAACAGAGUUUGUAACAAUUUGAAACAGUUUAUACAAUGAUAAUACAACUUUUCAUACUACUUUAUGCAAAUGAGAUACUUAAUAUACAGCAUAAAAAACACAGCACGUUAAGCCCGUUCAUUUAAAGGUAGACUCAGCGAAAUGACAUUGCCACAAGCAACACUGCAGAUAUUGCAAUGAGUGAGAUGCAAGACUUCGCUCUCACACACACAGUAUCUGCGCAUGUGCAUGGGUUCACUUCACACUGUUAGAGAGUGGUAGGUACGGGACCAAAACAGCUGAGAAGUUUAGCCUCGCACUUCAACGCUCUUAGUUGUUGUGGAAAUUGACCCACUAUGCUGUUUACUUUGUGCACCUACGUCAUAUCGCUGAGUCUACCUUUAAAGUAAGGUGGUCAUAUUGUUAACAUACUGUAUAUUGAUGUUUUUUUUCAGAACUGGGUGUUUACACUGCGGAGUAAGAUGAUGCCUAUGCGCGUACACACACACACACACACACACACACACACACACGUAUAACUAAUAUUGUAGGGUCAGACAAUUCAGUCUCAUUCAAAAUCCUAUUUUCCCUAAACCUUACCCUAACCCUAAAACUAACCCUAAUUCUAACCCACCAUAGAAAUAGCAUUUAACCUUGUGGGGACUAACAAAAUGGCCCCAGUUGGUCAAAUUCUUGUUUGUUUCCUAUUCUUGUGGGGACAAGUAUAGUUAAACACGUCCACAAACACACACGCACCAGCGGUGGUAACAGAGUACAUAUCAUUUGGAUUACAUAAUCAUGAACAAAAAGCAGGGUUACUAUUUACCAAUUAGUAACAGUUAGGCUGUAUAUAUCACAGUUAUGUUGUAUUCAGUAGCCCAACUGAUUAGACCUAGCAUGCCAAAUAAUAUGCCCAACCUGUUCCUGUGCCAACUGCAUACACACACCACACACACACCACACAUACAGACACACUAAGUCUGAACUGUAACACAGAAGGCUGAACUAAUCUAAUAACAUAGCUUACUAAGGUAGGCCUACACCUGAGUUGGAUUACAUUUUUAUGUUAUUUUUGGUGUUGAUGAGUUACUCUAGUGAUGGGAGGAUGAACUGCAUUGUUUCCACCAAAUAAUUAGCCUAGGUCCAGAAGAGACAGUGAGCCUCCUGUUAGCCAGCUGCACAGAAUGAUUUUCAAUUCACUGGUAUUUAGCUAUGUUUUUAUCGAUUAUUGGGCUGUAGCCAAUGAAUUCUGGUAGUUUUCCCUUGAAAUAAUAAAACCAUCAAUCACAAAAUUUGCUGCAUAAUACAGCCAAUGGCGGGUAACACUGCCUCUCAUCCGAAGCGUUGCCUCAGCGAACGGUGUCAGGUACACAGCUAGCAAGGUAACACUCGUCAUGGAAAUGGGGGUGACGAAACGUGACUUUGGACCAAUCCCUGAGAGCGCACACAUCAAAACGUAGCUACCAAACUCUACUUUGUAAUCUGCUAUGUUUUUUUCGUGUCUCUAAAAAUAUCUGAAUGACAGAGCCGAAAGAAAAACGUUUUGUCUUAUAUUUCAAUCCAAGGACGUCUGAUGCUCGUGAAACACCCUCAGGACUUUCCAAUACUUAGCAAUACAAUGUCACAUCGAUCUUACUCUGGUAGGUUGAGGAAUACCUUUCGCCAAGAGCAAAUAUGAACACUGAUUUCAGGGAUUUCACAAAAGGAGCAGUCCCACAGAUUUGAAUGUUCUUACCACUGCACUUGCUUUACAUUUGGGCUCAUAUCGCGUAAAUAUCAUAACGUACGUUAUUGGGAUUUUUAGACAUUGUUUACUGCUGUAUUCAUGUUUUCAAAUGAUUUAUGUAUUUUGGCGACCACAUCAUUGACAUUUAGUGAAAAUGGAUUUGUUUACUGUUGUUUUUUGUAGAAUUCUUCCAUAGUGUCCAUUGUUUGUCACGUCACCUAACACCCUACCAUGUUUCAGUUUUCUUUAAACAGCCAUUACAAACUUCAGCUAACUUUAGCCACCGCUAGCUAAAGAUCAAUGGAAGUGAUGGGGGCAUGUAAAAACAUAAAUAAUCGAAAUUACCUGGAUAUCAACUCUACAGUCGUGUUCAAAAGUUUUGAGAAUGACACAAAUACUAAUUUUCACAAAGUCUGCUGCCUCAGUUUUGAUGAUGGCAAUUUGCAUAUACUCCAGAAUGUCAUGAAGAGUGAUCAGAUGAUUUGCAAUUAAUUGCAAAGUCCCUCUUUGCCAUGAAAAUGAACUUAAUCCCCCAAAAACAUUUCCACUGCAUUUCAGCCCUGCCACAAAAGGACCAGCUGCCAUCAUGUCAGUGAUUCUCUCGUUAACACAGGUGAGAGUGUUGACGAGGACAAGGCUGGAGAUCACUCUGUCAUGCUGAUUGAGUUAGAAUAACAGAUUGGAAGCUUUAAAAGGAGGGUGGUGCUUGAAAUCAUUGUUUUUCCUCUGUUAACCAUGGUUACCUGCAAGGAAACGCGUGCCGUCAUCAUUGCUUUGCACAAAAAGGGCUCCACAGGCAAGGAUAUUGCUGCUAGUAAGAUUGCACCUAAAUCAACCAUUUAUCGGAUCAUCAAGAACUUCAAGGAGAGAGGUUCAAUUGUUGUGAAGAAGGCGUCAGGGCGCCCAAGAAAGUCCAGCAAGCGCCAGGACCGUCUCCUAAAGUUGAUUCAGCUGCGGGAUCGGGGCACCACCAGUGCAGAGCUUGCUCAGGAAUGGCAGCAGGCAGGUGUGAGUGCAUCUGCACGCACAGUGAGGCGAAGACUUUUGGAGGAUAGCUUGGUGUCAAGAAGGGCAGCAAAGAAGCCACUUCUCUCCAGGAAAAACAUCAGGGACAGACUGAUAUUCUGCAAAAGGUACAGGGAUUGGACUGCUGAGGACUGGGGUAAAGUCAUUUUCUCUGAUGAAUCCCCUUUCCGAUUGUUUGGGGCAUCCGGAAAAGACCUUGUCCGGAGAAGACAAGGUGAGCGCUACCAUCAGUCCUGUGUCAUGCCAACAGUAAAGCAUCCUGAGACCAUUCAUGUGUGGGGUUGCUUCUCAGCCAAGGGAGUGGGCUCACUCACAAUUUUGCCCAAGAACACAGCCAUGAAUAAAGAAUGGUACCAACACAUCCUCCGAGAGCAACUUCUCCCAACCAUCCAAGAACAGUUUGGUGACGACCAAUGCCUUUUCCAGCAUGAUGGAGCACCUUGCCAUAAGGUAAAAGUGAAAACUAAGUGGCUCGGGGAACAAAACAUCGAAAUUUUGGGUCCAUGGCCAGGAAACGCCCCAGACCUUAAUCCCAUUGAGAACUUGUGGUUGAUCCUCAAGAGGCGGGUGGAGAAACAAAACCCCACAAAUUCUGACAAACUCCAAGCAUUGAUUAUACAAGAAUGGGCUGCCAUCAGUCAGGAUGUGGCCCAGAAGUUAAUUUACAGCAUGCCAGGGCGGUUUGCAGAGGUCUUGAAAAAGAAGGGUCAACACUGCAAAUAUUGACUCUUUGCAUAAACAUAAUGUAAUUGUCAAUAAAAGCCUUAGACACUUAUGGAAUGCUUGUAAUUAUACUUCAGUAUACCAUAGUAACAUCUGACAAAAAUAUCUCAUAACACUGAAGCAGCGAACUUUGUGAAGACCAAUACUUGUGUCAUUCUCAAAACUUUUUACCAUGACUGUAUAUUUGAUUUGUUACUUAAUGGUGAUUUGGCCAUUCAAAAAUUAAACAUGCUCACAUGCCCCCAUCACUUCCAUUGAUUUUUAGUUAGCGGUGGCUGAAGUUUGUAAUGGCUGUUUAAAGAAAACUGAAACAUGGAUUACAGUUUCUGGAACCAUCUAACAUUUAAGUUGGAAAAUAGUGAACUACGCCUUUUAAUAUUGAUAUUGAGAUAGGAGGCAAGUUGUAUGGUCUUGCAUGAAUGAGUCACCAGAAUUGCUGGGUGAUAAACCCAUCACUUGUGUUGUGUUCCAUGUCUUACCCUAAUGUGUGCCAACUUUCUCUACAGCUAAAAGAAAACAUUGAAACAUUCUUCACUAGAUUUGUUGCAGAGGGCGAAGCCACUGUGAUACUGAAGGAGUCUGCUCUUGACAUCUGCUUGAGUAAGGUAUGGAUCUAGGCAUUUCUGUAUGGGGGAUCUGUUCUCCAAUGAAAAUGGAUCAAAAACAAUUUGGCCUUCACAUACGACUUACAUUUAUUCUGUAAAAGUAGAGACCAUACACUGAAAUAAGUCAUUUUAGGGGCAUGCAUAUUUAACAGACAUGGCCCAAGAAAUAGAACAUUCCAUUGCUGUAUCCUCCCAGCCCUAAAUAGGCUUUUCAAUCAUCUCCAAUUCUCCAAAUUAUUAUGACAUAAUAUAUCUGGCUUGGUCUGGUAUUUAUGCAGCCUUGUGGGGUGAAUGCACUGUAAAUCGGAGACUAAAUGUACUCAUUGUUGUCCACCACGAUGAAAUUGGGGAGGGGACUGUGGAUCUGUCUCCCUACGUUGACGAAACCUGGGUGAAUGAUGCGUCUUGCCAUAGAGAUCCGGCAUUUACAAAAUGACACUGAUUGGCUCAAGGCGGGAGCUAAGUAAUUAACUGGAAUGUGUUAGUCACACGCGAUAUCUCUGUAGCUCAGCUGGUAGAGCACGGCGCUUGUAACGCCAGGGUAGUUCGAUUCCAGGGACCACUCAUACACAAAAAUGUAUGCACGCAUGACUGUAAGUCGCUUUGGAUAAAAGCGUUGUUAAAUGGCAUAUUAUAUUAUUAUUAUAUUAUAUCUCAUUUGGCCCAAGGGGGGGCACUGUAUCAUUCAUUGGGGGCGACAUGUUUACUGUUGCCAAUGGGUGUCUAGACUGUUAGGGCAGUGAUGACGUUUCCCCUAGAAACACAAUUCAACCCAUCAUAACAUGGACAACAUCCCAGACAGGUUGUGGUGCAGGUAGGGAGCUACGCAAAGGGAACCAGGCUAGCUAGCAUUGUGAGAGGGAUUAGGCAAUCCUUUGUGUGAUUUAUGCUAAUAAGAUCUCAUGUGUAUUGUAAUUGUUUCAACUUGUGCCAGCACAAGUAAGACCAAAGAGAUCUGUGUCAUGGACAAAAUGUAGGCCGAAGACAAUAUGAUGAAGGCCUCAGGUUUUAUUUAGCUUGACAUAACACAUUUUAAAUGGUUUAUUAUAGGCCACACACUUUCCCUCAACAAUGAAUGUUUCUCAAUCUGAAGGAAGCAAAGGAAACGUGAUUUACUGGUAGAAAUAAUGCAAUCCCUCUCAUGUACCUUGCAAACUGUUUGGUAGAAUUACUAUGAUAACUUUUCUAUUUUAUGGGAAAUAAACACUUUAAUUUGGGUGAUACAGGUACAAUAAGAGUGGUUGUAUUGACUGUAACCACAAGUGAUAUGUCUUCUUUGCAGGUUUCAGGCUGACACUAACAGCUUGGUUGCCUCACAGCCUCCCCCUCUCUACACUCACACCCGCCCGAGCCAGGGAUGUGGAGAAGCCCAAGAAGAAGCUCACUAUUGUAUCCAAGAAGGACUAUCCACUGACCUCCACUUUCCCCAACUCAUUAGAGCCGCUCCAGGUGUCUUACUGCAAGCUCUCACGGAUGGAAAUGCGAAUGCUCUCACUCAAGGUGCUGCGCAGACUGGACCUCAGUAAUAAUAUAAUAAUAGUAAUAAUAAUAAUAUGCCAUUUAGUAGACGCUUUUAUCCAAAGCGACUUACAGUCAUGUGCGCAUACAUUUCUACGUAUGGGUGGUCCCGGGAAUCGAACCCACUACCCUGGCGUUACAUGCGCCAUGCUCUACCAAUUGAGCUACAGAAGACCACAUCAACUUCCUGCCACUGUCUGCAACCUGGGCCACCUGGCUGAGCUUAUUCUCCACAACAACCACUUAGAGACCUUUAGUGAAGCCCCCUGCCUGUCCAGCAUCAACACCUAGACCUGAGUCAGAAUAGGCUCUGCCGCUUCCGUUCUGCCAGCCGCGAGAGCUGAUCAACCUCAAGCUAGAGGACAACAAACUGGUGUGGCUGCCCUUUCGCAUCGGUCAUCUCUCCAAGCUGCGCUUUCUGUCAGCAACCCACAACCAGCUGGCCAUGCUGCCAGGGGACUUCCGAAAGUUAACUCUUGAGAACCUGGACCUGUUUGGUAAUCCGUUCGUCCAUCCCAACCCCCUGGACCACACCAUCCAGCUCUGUAUCUCGUCUCUCACACUGUGUUAUUGGUAG